GAUCGUUUCCUAUCCAUUACCUUAAUGGUAAUCAAUGUUGUCGCCACUAUCGUUCAGAAUGGUGACAACUUUGCGAACAUAGGAGGGUCAAUAUUCGGGCUAGGAUUCGGCUUUAUCAUUUUAAGUCGACCCCCGGUGAACAGACUACGUUGCACCGCUGUUUUGGUCGUAGUUAUUGUCGGAUUGUUGGCUGGGAUAGUGAUGCUACUGAAAGGGGUCAAUUUCAACGAAUACUGUUCGAAUUCGAAUUCGUGGUGUCAUUUUCUGGACUGCAUUCCACUCCCGGGUUUGCCUUGCAAGUACCGAGGAAAUGAGUGUGAGAGCACUGAUAUGGGAAGCGUUUUGUCUUUGACCUGUAAAGGUAGUGGAAGGACGGGUCUUUUUCCUCUUGUAAAUGGUAAGCCGCCAAAGACAAUUGAGGAAUUAUGCUAUCGCCUUUGCCAUCGACUUUGAACGGUCUGCUGACAAGACUAUUUUGAAGAUUAGAUAGAAUUCCAUUAGUUAAUUAGUUAGAGAAUAUUAGUAAUUUAACUUAGGUCAUCUUAGAAGCUUUAUUAGGACUAUUCUGAAGACUUUUCAACUUAGUUUUGAUGUAAUGUAUUUGUUGUUCCAUUAUUAGGACCUUUAUA